GACCGUGACCAGGAAUUUGCUUUCUGGAACAGGCUGGAAAGGUGUUCAUUUCAAGUGUUCUCUAAGGACCUUGAGAGGGAUGGCAAAAGAGAAAGCAAAGCGUGACCUUCUAUAACGCCCUGGCAAAAGGGCUCUGCAGCAGGCGUUUUAUUCUGAAAAGGUUUCCAGAGUGAAGCCAUUCAAAAAUUUGGCAUCUAAUGAAAAAUCCAUGCAGAAGAAAUAGAAAUGGCAGGCUUCCUAGAUAAUUUUCGGUGGCCAGAAUGUGAAUGCAUUGAUUGGAGUGAGAGAAGAAAUGCAGUUGCAUCUGUAGUAGCAGGUGUACUGUUUUUUACAGGUUGGUGGAUAAUGAUUGAUGCAGCUGUGGUCUAUCCUAAACCAGAACAAAUGAACCAUGCAUUUCAUACAUGUGGAGUGUUUUCCACAUUAGCGUUCUUCAUGAUAAAUGCUGUGUCAAAUGCUCAAGUGAGAGGUGAUAGCUAUGAAAGUGGCUGUUUAGGAAGAACAGGUGCUCGAGUUUGGCUUUUCAUUGGUUUCAUGUUGAUGUUUGGUUCGCUUAUUGCGUCAAUGUGGAUUCUUUUUGCUGCAUAUGUUACUCAAAAUACUAAUGUUUAUCCAGGAUUAGCUGUAUUUUUUCAAAAUGCACUUAUAUUUUUUAGUACCCUCAUCUACAAAUUUGGACGAACAGAAGAGUUAUGGGGAUAAAUCACUACUUGCAUCAAAAUAAUUUUGUUAUAUUUAUGUAUAAAAUUUUCUUUCUCAAUUAGAUUUGCAUUUUGUUAGUGGAUUGUACAUUAAAUGUUGUCAAAUUAUUUCCCUUAUGCCAAUUUAAAAAAUACUUUUCAUUUCUACUCUCUUAUUUCAUUAAAUAGAUUGUGAAUAUGUACAUAUAUGGAUGUAUAUAUUAUAGAUGGUGGAAAAUAUCCAUUUUUCUUAUUCUUGCACACUUAGGCUUGACCAGUGCUCUCUGAGCAAGGUUGCAAUAUGUCACUUUAGAGUUUAUUGGCAAUACUUGUGUAUGCUGUUUUUAAUUACCGAAGAUGUGCAAAAUUAAAUCGAUGAAUAUCUGAAAUUAGUACUGAACCAUUAGGAAGAACAUUUCAAUAAGCAGUAUUUAUUUUGGCAGAGAAAAUGAGUGUGUUUUGGUUUUUUCUUUUCAAUGCUUGCUUGCAAAUGUUUAAGUGGAACUUUAUAUGAAGAUUUUUAAAUAUCCAAGGGACUAAUUUGGAAAUAAGUUUUGAAGAAAAAAUGUUUCUGAAUUGCAAGGCUCUAAAGUGGAAAUAGCACAUUGCUAAUUAGUUUAGAUUUAAUGUGGUCAAAAUAAAAUGACCACAAAAAAAGUUGGCAACAUAAUUCUUAGAAAAUGCAAGUAAAAUAGUCUGUGUAUUGUGCUUUUUUCUUUACAAUCUAUGAAUUACAUGACAUGACAGCAUUGCUUAAGCUCACGUGAAAGAAAGCACGUUGGUUUGAAAGAAUUAAAAAUUCUUAAGAAUUCACAAUAGUACAAGAUAUGCUUUUAUUCUAAUGAAAGGAAUAGGGAAGACAGUAAAAACUAGCUUUCCUUCCAAAAGGGUACUACCACUACGUUUAAGAAAUAAACAUUUUAUCUACUUAUUUGCAAGACUGAAAGCCCCUAUUCAAAUGUAUUCAUUGAGCUUUGAGUAAACUGUUAUAAAAAAACUUAGAAAAUUUUGCAGGCAUGUAUUAUAUUACAAUCAUAGCUCUAAUUUAUUGAAUUAUAUUAAGCUAAGUAAGCACAAAAACACAGUAUAGUCUCAAGGGAAUUGUUUGAAUAGCAUCACUAUCUCAUAUUGCACUGUUACUUGUUACAUAGGUUUUGGUUGUACUUUAUUUUUCCCUAGUUUUACAAAUUAUUUUUCUUGUCUCUAAGACAGACUCUAUAAAACAAAUAGCAUUAAAAUGCAGCUUAAAAAUAUCUUCUCUGAGAGUAUUUUCUUUGCACAGAAUAUGAAGCAAAUUGUGGAAAGCUGUGCUAUUGUCUAUACUUCAUCCUGUUUACUGUUUGUAUAGUUUUGUUUAAAAAUCUUAGCAAACUUUUUAUUUUCCCAAAACGAUAAAACUAGCAUCUUUGAAGUUCCUUUUUAUGUCCUCUCAGUUGUAACUUAUUUUAAAUAUAAUAAAUAUUUCUUUUAAGGAUG